AUGAGACUUGUGCCUCCACAGCCUAUAUCAUAUCCAACCUCUAAUUUAUCAGUGACUUUUCCCUCCCCCUAUGAGGAUAAAGAAACUUUGGGAAUUUUAAAAUUGAUAGACUGGCCAAGCCCUCCAUCAAUUAUUACCAACUUGUCUUUUUCCACUAGCCCCCAAAAUUGCCAGUAUUACAUGCUAAAUUCGCAAACUGAAUACAAAGUGGGGGAUACCCUGAAGGUUAUAAUAUUAUCUCGAGAUCACGAUGGCCGUCCCAAGGCUUAUGGAGGAGACUUUUUCCAGGCAAAAGUGCAUUCUCCUAAUCUCAAGGCUGGAAUAACUGGACAAGUGUUGGACUAUGGUAAUGGUACUUAUCUGGCUACAUUCCGACUCUUAUGGCCAGGAAAAGUACAAGUGGACAUCCGAUUGAUUCACUCGAGUGAGGCUGUGGCUGUUCUAAAGGACAAAAGAGAGAAACAUCCAGAAAAGGUUUAUUUUAAUGGCUUUUUUCAUUUUAAUGGGAGCACUGAGGUGACAGAAUGCAAUUUGGAAGUGUCUCAUACGGAUGUUUGUAGCUACAAGGACCCUGUGAGUGGUGACACAUGGCAGUGUAUUAAACCACAGAAUCUACCUUGUGACUCCUGGGUUUACCAUUCAAUGGGAGGAUACCGCCAUGUGACAAAUGCACUGGAGGACUCAUUACUUAGUGGGUCUGUCACAAAUCAGAUAAUUAAGGGAUCAGUUUCUUCAAUUGAGGUUGGAAUGUCAAACUAUAGCUUGGAGCUCAACUCUAAGCUUCCAGCCUGUACCCCUGGUCAAGAGCAACAACAGCCCUCUGGCUAUUAUUAUAAUGACAACUGGACUUCUCUAGUCUGUUUGGGGCAACAUUUCCCUGAUCAUUCUGACGCCAGCUCCUGCCUCCGGGGGAAGGUUAUCUACAUGUUUGGAGACUCAACUCUACGUCAGUGGUUUGAAUAUUUGGAACAUUUCAUACCAACCCUGAAGAGGAUUGACCUGCAUGUUAAUUACAAAUCUGGUCCUCUGGUGGCAGUUGAUGCAGACUCUGGACUAUAUAUGGAAUGGCGAGCUCAUGGAUUACCCCUAAGGACCAGCAAAACCAUGGUAUCUGACUUGCAUUAUGAGGCAGCACAUCUUGCUGGAAUCGGGGGAGGACCAAACACAGUGGUGGUCCUGACAAUUUGGGCUCACUUCACCACCUAUCCUGUUGCAGUCUACUUGCAGAGAUUAGCUACAAUACGUAAAGCAAUAGCUUCUCUCCUUUUUCGCAGCCCUCAGACAAUUGUGCUGAUCAAGUCGGCCAACACUGGCUACAAAUCAUUAUAUGGUAGUGAUUGGUUGUCACUUCAGCUGGACAUUUUACUACGGGCAUUCUUUAAGGGAAUGACUGUUACUGUGCUGGAUGUCUGGGAUAUGACAUCAUGUCACUACCUGCUGGAUAACAUUCACCCAGGACAGCAAGUAGUUAGAAAUGAAAUUGAUCUAAUGUUAUCCUAUAUCUGUCCCAAAUAA